CCCCCCCCCACAUAGACCUCUCUCUCUCUCUCUCUCAAAAUUUUGAAUUAUAUACCAGUCGUAUUAAACGAGCUUUACUUCAUCAUUUUCUCGAGAAAAUCUUGACAAAACCAAGUUAUUAUUUUCUGGAGAAAUGGGUGAGAGAGAUGAUGGACUAGGUCUGAGUCUAAGCUUGGGGUUUAAUCAACCAAAGGAACCAUCCCUGAGGUUGAAUCUAAUGCCUUUGACAACUUCUUCUUUGUUUCCUCACAUGCAAAAUCACAAUAAUAACGAUCUCCAGAAGAAAACUCAUCACAACUCUUGGCCUCAUUUGUUUGCGUCUUCUGCUGCAGAGAGAAACUCCGACUCCGGAAAUUUUCUAAGAGGUUUCAACGUGAACAGAUCUCCGGCGGCAGCGGUGGUUGACUCUGAAGAAGAGGCUGUCGGUGUGUCGUCUCCGAACAGCACCGUUUCGAGUGUGAGUGGGAACAAGAGGGAUCUUGUGGCAGCUGCGGGAGGAGGGGGAGAAGGAGAUGAAACCGAGGUGGAGAGAGCUUCUUGCUCACACGGAGGCGGAAGCGGGGGAAGUGAAGAUGAAGACGGAGGAAACAAUGACGGAACGAGGAAGAAACUCCGGUUAUCGAAGGAGCAAGCUUUGGUUCUUGAAGAGACUUUCAAAGAACAUAGCACUCUAAAUCCGAAGCAAAAGAUUGCUCUAGCGAAACAGUUGAAUCUGAGGACGAGGCAAGUGGAAGUGUGGUUCCAGAACCGAAGGGCAAGGACGAAGCUGAAACAAACGGAGGUUGAUUGUGAGUAUUUGAAGAGAUGUUGCGAUAAUCUAACGGAGGAGAAUCGUAGGUUGCAGAAGGAAGUAACUGGUCUCAGGGCGUUGAAGUUGUCUCCAAAUCUCUACAUGCACAUGACUCCUCCAACCACUCUUACAAUGUGCCCUUCUUGUGAACGUGUCUCAGCUUCGUCCUCCGCUGUGGCUGCUUCUUCACCUCCUUCCUCGUCUUCACCAGCUGCGUCUGGUGGUGGUGGUGGUGGGGGGAUUCCUACGGUGGGACGGCCUAGUCCACAACGACCAACUCCCUGGGGAGCUAUUUCUCUCCAGUCAAGAUUAGCGCACUAGGGAAGAGUAUUCUCCGUAGUCUUAGUUAGUAUACAAAUAAUAUAUAAAUGUGUGAAAACUGAAAUUUAAAGUUUUAAUGAGAGAUUAGAUUCUAUCUAUUGAAAAUAAGAAAGAUGCCAUUUGGAUCU